CUUUGUUUCAGUAGCGAGUUGCGGUAGGAUCUGGAGCUGCUGUGAGUCUCACUAUCCGGGCUGUGUGUACAAUACAUGCUCUGCAAGUCACAUCACAUACUGCAUACUGCUAGGAGCAGCACCACCCGUGGGAUUUAACCCAGUGUUUCGCCUGGGAUCUAUGCACAUCUCAAUGGACUGUUUGAUUCUUCAGCACAGAUUCUGAUCCACAUCUUCUGCCAUCCUGGGCUGGUUUCCUGAGGAUCAUCUUGGUGACCAACAGGCACCUACAGAGCAAUAAGGGAUUGCUGCCGGAUGCUGGAUCCCCAUGUUCUUCUCGUCGUGUGGCUUUUUCGGAUGCCUUAGGAUACAGUGUAUCCAAGCAGAGGAGUGUUCAGUUUGGAGUUAAUUUUGUUUUUCUUCUUGCACCAGCCGGAGUACCCACACACCAAGCAGGAGUAAGGACUGUCCUUUGGAUCUCCUUCACUACCAGUGCAGGACUCACUGUCACCCUCUGUGGUUUUUUUUUCUCUCCUCGUCCCCUUUGCUUCUACUGAGAGUUUGAGAGGAGCUAGAAGCAGCUUUGCACGUCACAUUCCUGGGUGUAGGGUCCCAGGAUCGGGUGAGCCCUCAGCAUGGCGUUCAGCAGGGACUCUCUAUGGAAGUACAGCAUGGGAGUUUGGAUCCUGUUGAUCAGGACUGCUAUCUCCAGAUCCUUAGUGUUAGAGCCUAUAUACUGGAAUUCCUCCAACCCCAAGUAAGUGCUCCUCUCCCCAGUCUGUGUGAAUUAUUAUUUCCUUCUAGCUGUCAGUGAUGGAUCCCAUACAGGGGGAUCUGAUGCCUAAAUACUGUAUGCAAAGACAAGCUUUACGGCCCCCCGUAUUGGAUUUGGGUGGAAUUUUACUUUCUCAUUGGAAAUUAGUGUUACAUGUUAUUUUACCAGCCAGGAGCCAAUUAGGAGGCUGGUGGGUUGGAUGUCCUAUAGUGAGGGCAGCGCUGGGCACAGGGAGUGGCGGGAUGCUGGGCACUAACCGAUCCACCAACCCCAAAGCGCUUACCAGGGUGUGGAUUUGCUCAUACUACCAUUUUGGAUGGAUGUGAAGCUCCAAUAAAUACCCGAGAAGAAGACACCUUGCCACCUUCUGCAGUCUGAGGGCCCUGGGUUACAGGACGUUAAGGGACAGAGCAGGAGCCGCAUUGCACCUAGAUAUGUCCACUGCUCCCCUAUGCCCAGACCUUGAAAGGAGGGGGGGUAAGGAAAAUGAUCUGGGGUAACCUCAGACAGCGCUAGGUGAUCUUCUUAUAUCAGCAGCUACCGCUGCGGAGCUCAGUGACAUGUAUUACGCAGUUUGGACACCCUGUUUAACAUUGAUAUUAGGGGGUUGCCCUCUAGUGAGGUCCAGUGGACACCUCUGUGGUCAUCUUGUGGUUUCUCAUAAGCAAAACCCCUAAAACCCGUGUGCUUUUAUUACGUUAUAUGUUAAAUUCCCCUUCAGACCUCCCAUCACACGUUCAACUAGUUGACUUGAAGCUUUCACAGCGAGCAAGCUGAAGGCCAUUAAUCAGUUCCAGGCUGGGGACUCCUCUUGGCAGCCCAAUGACUCUGAUAUACGGCAACCCAUUCAGACUUGGCUUACUUCCAUGGGCACUGAAUACAGGCUUGUAGUAGGCAGUCUGAGGGCUGGAUGUGCCGGGAGAGUCCCCGAUUAGUCUCUGUGUAAUACAAUCCCAGGUAGAGGAGGUCGAUCUCUACUUGGUCUUGUUGUUCUCUGGUGUGACUUUCUUUUCUCAGAGCUUGCAAGAUGUUAGGGACACCCUGCACUUUACACCCCAUUCUAUAAAACAUAAGCACUACAGAUAUUUUUUUAUUAUUAUUUUAAUUUUAUUUUUUACAUAUUUAUAUAGAAAUGGUUUCACCAGAAUGAUGCAUUGAGAUUUCUCUCGUUUAAAAUUGUGUAUACUGAAUAUAUCUAUAGUUGCGUAUACAUCAUGUAGAUAUAUCUAUCUAGAUGUGUUGUGUACCUUAUACAGAUCACUCAGUAUCCUUGUGGGCCUGUAUAAAUACACUCAGCAUGAAAUAGGCAAAACAAAUAUAUUGGCUAACAUUUUAUAUUUAUAAUAGCACUACCGUUUAUAUAUGGGUUAACGUUGCAGAUACAACAGAACUUUCUGUGGUCCUGAAAAGUUACAUGUUGCCACUGAAACACUGAGUAAUACACUGCACAUAUCGAUACUGAUAUUUAGGGAUACAUGUAAGUGUUACUCACUCUGUUUUGUCUUUUUUUUAGCCUAGUUUAAACCCUGGGGCAUUGCUAGCCUGAGUGCAGGAGGUCCCUGUAUUUUAAUGUAUUUGUGUAUAUGGAUAGGAAUAUGGAUACAUGAAUGUGUGUGUAUAUGAUUGUGUGUGUGCGUAUACACAUUUAUACCUUUCUAUAUCAGCAUCGGUUAGUAGUUACAGCUUUCUUUGCUCGUAGAAGCAGAUAGAAGUGAGUGCAAUCACAAGGUGAACCCAGGUUUGGUGUAGAAAAUGCAAUGAACCCUCUGAGAGAGAAAGUUAAUGUGGGCAGAUUAGAGACAGGGUUUUUAUCCUCUUCGGUACAAGGCAAGGCGUGCAUGGAUCCUUAUGAGGAUUCUGCUUUUUAUUUAUUUAAAGCUUCAUGUUUCACUCGUUGAGAAAAUGAGCAGAAUCAUGCAUGAACUGAAUAGCUUCUUAUGUCAAAAUAAAACAUAUCGGCUUAGAAUCCAGCUCUUGAAAGCCUGGAAUUACUUAACUGAUUUAUUUUAGAAUAAUUAUUCUAUUUUUUUUAAUUAGAAAUAUUUUACAUUUGUCAUUCUCUGCUCACCCACAAGGACAACACAGAUUAGCAAGGCAUGUAUAGGAGAGUCCUACUCUUGGUAGUUUGACAUCUGAUGUAUCUUGCUGUAAAGUUGUAAUUAUAGAUAAACUAUGAUUUUAAAAUGUCAUAAUCCAUAGAUACUUCCCUCACAUAAAGGGUUAUUAUAUAGGAUGUUAACACCAGUACUUUAUAAAGUGUGCUGCCCCCUUUCAACAAAGAACAAGCUGACUGAGAUUUAAUAGACCUUUAAAACAUCUAUGUUGCAUUCUGAAUUGUCCCCUACAGGAUCUGGUUGUUUUGUAAAUAUCUUCUAAUCUAUUAGUAUUUGCAGAACUGAAUGUAUUUAUCUGUGUAAAUCCCCUUUUUCUUAAAGCUUUGGUUAGACUAAAUGGAGGAAGUAAAAACACUGAUCUGUUUAUACCUACAGAGGUCACCCUACCAAUACACAUUGUUAGAAAUAGAUUUUGGGCUAGCUACACUUGCGUUUCAACCUUUCACAUUCAAUUGUUAUAUCAUCUCAUCAUAUUUGGGGUCAUUUGUUAUUUAUUUUUGUUAUAAGGCUGUUUUGCAUGUUUACAAACCUUUAAGGAAUCCAUUAGAAAAUGUCAGUUUUGUGAAUACUCAAAAUUAAUCUCAAUUAUUUAAUAUUCCCUUAGUUUUCUCUAUUCCAUUAAAUUAGAAUUCUCCCAGAUUUGUUUUGCUUUUGGUUGUUCAUGAGUCUUAUUUUCUUGUGUGUUUAUGUUGAGACUUAUCCUAGGCUGAUUGAUUGUGUGACAUUUUAUUUUGCUAGGCCCCAAAGAGUAUGAGAACCCAUACUUAUCUAGUAGAGAUAUUCCUUUGACAUCAGGUCUUCACCUUUUUUGAUCUGUGAUCUGGAUGGCUUGCUGAUUAUUUGCAUUAAUUAUACCAGGCUAUAAGAGAAGCAAUAAAAUCAGUCAAUAGGGAGUUAAAAUGUGCUGUCGCUUGUUUGCAUUAGGCCGAUUUUAGUGGAAUAUAUCGUUUAAUAAUAAAUGUCAUUUUCUACUUUGGCGUUACUGAUUAAAUAUGAAUAUCAUUGCUUUUCACUACAGUGGUUUCUUGUAGAGUAUUUAAUAUGACUAGGAAAUAUAAAAAGAUGAUAACGCAGAUCAUUUCUACUUAUAAAAUUAUGCCUUUGCUCUUGUAUAUAAUUAGAUGAUUGAGCGCCUGCUCUGAGUUGCUUUUAUGUUCCCGUCUAGCCCUUGAAACCAAUAUUAUGGAUAUGCAAUGUACUCACAGUUAAACAGUGCUGCACAAUAUAAAAUUUACAUUGUAUAUAGUUUCCCAGAUACCUCUUUUGUUGCUGAAUCCUAAAACUAUUUUAGAAGGCGUUUUAGGAAAAAAAAAUAUUGAUGUGCAUUUUAAUGUUUAAAAUAGUAUUAAUCUAGUUGUGGGCCAACGCGACUUUAGUGUUUGGUUAAUCUACAUUAAAUAAGUUUAACAAAUUAGUUACAAAUCUUACAAACACUUUUUUUUUCAUAGGGUUAUUGACCAAACCAGGAAUUGUUAGGAAUUGAUCCCAUAAGUGGAAAUAGUAGGCCAAUAUAUUCAUGCGGCAAAAAAAGCUGAGUAGGGUAUUCUUUUUUUUUUUUUUUAAUUUUAGCUAUUUUCACUUGAAAUUUGGAAUACCCUCGUCAUUUCCCAACAGUUCCCAGCUUAAUUAAUAAUUCAAUCGGUUUUUCAGAAAGCAAGAAUUUUCAAGGGUAUUAUUAAAGAAUGUAAAAUGUGUUGUUUACAUCAGGGAAAGGGUUUGUUAGUAAUAUUAUAUAACAAUCUGGUUACGUCCACUAAAAGAAAGUUUUUGGCUCUAUGUAUGUUUUAGUAUGCUGUUUGUUGUAUUUAAGAGCUGGGAUUUUGUACAUAAACAAAUGCACAUUCAUUUCUAUGUGAAUACCCCCUUGAACUCUAACCUACAGAUUGCAUUUAGGUUAAUCUUGUCGGUUUUAAUAUAGAAGGGAAAUAAAAGGGGACACACCAGGAGGUGGAAUUUUGAGCACUUUUACACGCACAUUCCUCUCAUUUUGUCAGGAUGAUAAACUGGAGCUAUUGGCCCUUGUUGGUAAGGGACAACUGAGCCAGCCCUUGAACAAAGUGCCCGCUGAAACCAUAUCUUAGUCAAUGUUAAACUGCUGUAGACAAGAAUUUCUUUAGGAAUCCUUUCCCUUGGGAUGGCCCUUUUAACCCUCACAAUUAAAGCUUAAAUCUAAAGAAACAAGAGAAGAAGCUUAGGUGAUUUGCUAAGCACUUGUCUCUAAUUCCGGAGCACCCAGAAUGUUGCUGAUACCACUUAAUGAACUAAAGCAACACUCUUUUUAAUAUUAUUCUUUCACACAAAUCUAUCACCUGAGCUCGGAAUUAUCACAGGUAAAUUACUGACAUUCAAGACACUCAGUAGUUGAGAUUUAGGUAUUCAGAUCCUCUUCAUCUUGUAUGGUAAGGUUCAUCUAGGGUUUAAUUGUUACUUUAGCUUUACCAAUUAUCUCCAAAGCUCUUAUCUCAAUGCCUCACUCAGGUAAAGCACUUUGUUUAGUUCUGUAAUUGUCUUUAUAUUAUUAUUAUAACUAUUGACAGUCAGAACUGCAGUAUUUUCUAUAUUUUUAUGUUUUUUAUGCUCCUGGGCUUUGUCCGAAACUUUUUUCUAGUUUGGAAUAUUCAGUACGCCUUGAAAUAAAGAAUGUACAAAGGCAUUUUAUUUUCUUCCCCUAAUUUUAGUAUAUAUAUUUUUGAUUCUGUUUACCUUACUAUCAGAUUACUUUAAAAUCACUUUUAAUAGUUAUUGAUUAUGUUUCGGCAAGAUGCGACACUGGUAGGGAGGAGCCUACCUGUCAUGAUUGAUGGAGAAUUCCUGGGUAAUUCACAGGCCUUACUCACCAUAGAUAUCGAUCUGUUUGUUUAACUGGUUCUAGUCAAAAUACUGCUGUUCAGCAACUUUCCUAAAUAUCUCUUUAUCUUUUUAAAAAAAAUUUAAUUGCUGAAUUUUUUUUAAAAGCUUUUUGUUUGUUUGUUUUUACUAUAAUUUCAAUGUUAAACAUAUAGAUAUUUUACAGCGGUAUGGAAUUUGCUGGCACUAUAUAAAUAAUAUAAUAAUAAUAAUAAGUCAUUAAUUUAUGAUUGAUACAUACAUUAGCUGGUGAGAUAAAUGCAUUAGCUGGUGAGAUAACAUAGGUAGCUGGUGCCCCAACUCUAGUAUCUAGUACCUCAACAACUCAGGAAAAAUAAUUAUAAAAGUAAAGCUGGAAUAGCAGAGACAGAAAAACAUGUUCAACUGGCCUGAACCGUGUGUGUGUGUGUGUGUGUGUAUAUAUAUAUAUUUUCUAUUUUAGCCUAAAGUCUGUUCUCAUACCACGUAAGCUAGCUGUUUCAGGAAUAGGCCACAUACUAACGUUAAAUGUUUUCAUAUAUCAGGAAAGCAAAAAAAAAAAGUCGAUUACGCUAAAGGUACAUGCCACAAUAACUCUGCAUCUCACAGUAGCAAUUUCAAAAAUUGAUUAUUUUUUUUUAACCUUAUGCAGAAGUAUCAAAUGCUGCAGAGAAAAGCAGAACAUAAAAAGAAAGUCAUUCUACUCACCAGAUGGUGUAGUUUUGUCAAAAGGGAUACUUUAAUACACAGACAAUACAUGAUUUAUCAGGAUGCAAGGAAAGAUUUUAAUCCAUUAUGGUGAUGAAAUCUAUGUACAUUUUAGAUCUAAUCCACAAAGAUGGAAGAAAUGAACAAGAGAAGUUGUUAAUACAGAUAUUAUUUAUAAAGAGAAAAACUAUAGUGUGUAGCACUGUACAGUGGGCAGAGGUAUAGAAGAAUCAUUAUAAUAUCAGUUUAGUCUGGUGUCAUUUGAUGCAGAUAAAAUUAGAGUAUCGUUAGAAUUGAUGCAAGCUAUGCUAAUAUAGCAUGACCUAGCUAACACUAAAUGAGGUUUAUGACACGUUUUAUUCCCAACUCUUCCACAUUUGCUAAAAUGUCUUGUUAAGUUUUAAUACGAAAACAGUUUGCAGACCAAGGGUGUAAUAGGUGUACAGGAACUAAAUUCAGAGACCUACUCAUCUACUAUAAAUAAGUAUUUAGCCUUCUUAAUAUGCACUAAUUGCAGAUGCAAAGCCUAUUCAUGCUUGACUAAUAAAGUGGUCAUAAUUGCAGAGAAAACAAGGAAGAGUGUAAAAUGAACACAAUAUAUAUGGAUAUGUGUCUAAAUGCGUAAGCAACAACAAGUGAUUAAGUUAAAAACAGCCAUUUCUGCUUUUUGAAACUAACUAGAGAGGAGUAAAUACCAAAAUGGGUACAUUUUGGUAUUUACUCCUCUCUAGUUAGUCAUGUGAAUGUACCUUGGGGUCUACUCUCUGAAUAGUGUCUUUUUAGUGCACUUAGCUGUAAAUAGACAACUUAGAACCAAUGUAAAACUCAAUGAAGCUAGAGAGUUUUUUUUUAAAUAAUCUAUUUUGGUUUACGUUUUAGCUGUAGGCUUGCUGCAAAACACGUUUUAGUUAAUAAACCCGGUAUUCGGCCUGCUACUAUGUCUGCUAAUGUUGGAUUUAAAAAAAACAGAGAACAGUUUCGCAACACUCAAACAUAGCUGUGUAUGAGGAGCUUUGUAUAUAUUUCUUUGUGUGAUUGUGAUUAUUUUUAAACAUAUGUGUAUAUUGUUCUAUACCACACUUGAACUAGGGGCAUUGUUCCUGCCAAUUAUGUGUAAGAGCUGAGUUGCCUAUUUGAAAAUUAGAAGAAACUUUCCUUCAUGAAAGCUAUUUCUUAUUAUUAUUCAUGUAGGCCUAAUCUUUUCCUUCCUUGGUGGCUGACAUAAGUAAAAACCUGUUUUUCAGGAUAUCUAUGGUACAGUUUUGCAGACUUGCUUAUAAGUUCAUUCUUUGUAUGUUUUUUUUUCUUCUGUGGACUAAAAUGGGUGUGUUCAAGUGUUUAAAAUAUUUUGAAUCAGAUAUGUGAACCAUAGACUUCUUUCCACAUUUUACUUGCAUGAUUUUUUUUCCCUCCUUCCCUUAUGGUAUAUAAUAUAAAGGAAGUGGUCAGUAUUCGAACAGCUUGAAAAACCCCUGUGGCUUCAUUGUCUCUUUAAAGCUCACGAAGACAAAAGAUGUGAACAAAAUCAAACCCCUUCUCUCAUGGUGGAAAAUGUAAAACUUUUAAACAGCUUUUCUGUUGGACUUGUUUAAUUCUAAUUUUACAUUCAGUACCAUGCUAAUGGUGUGAAAUCUCUAAAAAAAUUUUUAUAGUAAUACAUUAUUUUUUUUUACUUUUAUUUUAAAAAACAAAGCUGACACAAUUUGCUUUUAUUUUUAAGCAAAUUAGCCCAUGGUCAUAGUUAAUAAGGAUUACAACCCAGACUCUAUCUAUAAAGGGGUAAUGUAAAUCAAGGACAAAGUCUAAAUAAACUGAUCCCUUUUGAUUGAAACGUGGAAAAGAGCCAUAGAGAAACCAACAGCAGUAAUCCGAUUGUAUGGCAAUAAAAAAGCCAUUUACUUCUGUCUUCCAUGUGAGAAAAAAAUAUGGUAAAUCUGUGCAGUACCUAAAAAUGUAAAGAAAGAUGAAGAGUUGAAACCAUGGCAACGUAUAGAUUAGCUUAAUGUUGGAUGUGACACAUUUUUGAAAAGCGUGCUGGAGGAACUAAAGGCCUGGCUUGGGGCUGUUAGGUAUUGUGCGAGGAGUACACACAACUUGGGAGUACGGAUUAAACAGCAUGAGAGAAAGCCUUGUUAGCUCAUAGUUAUACAACAGCAGCCGUAAAGUGUUCAUCAUCAUCAUCAUCAUCAUUCCACUGAACGAGAUAUGCCUCAAACGCAUGCGUGACACUCAACGCCUGCACUUACAGACCCUGGUUUGUUUGUGAUUGUUUAUAGCGUCUCAAUAAUAUAAUAGUUUCCGUCGGUCUUAUUUAAUGAACUUUUGGAGACAGUCCAUCUUCAUACAGGGUGGGCAGGUAUAGGUGUUAUCUGAAUCGAAAAAUAAAUUGGGUUUCACACAAACAAAAUCUUGAUUUCAAACGUGGAGCCAAACUUUGCAUAUCGCACAGCGCAGUUGGAGUUACUAAUAAAUACACCACUUUGAUUCUCAUACGCGUUUAGAAGAAAUGAACAAAACUUUGUUUCAAGACUAAUUAAGAAUAAAGACAAUACAUAUUUCAAUAGAGAUAGAUAGAGAAAUAGAUGUAUCUUUUUUGCCAGCUGGAAUAAAAGGGGAGGUACUUACUGCUGAAUAUACAGCACUUAAUGUGCCUUUAAAUGCAUCAGACAUUCCUUUGUUCUAGCUGUUUCAUGCUGUAAUGCAAUAAAAAGAGGUGAUUUCCUGACUUUUGCUCCUCUGAAAACAGUGCAGUAAAAUCGGGGUAAAACUGUUUCACUUUUUGUUUCUCCACACAGACACUGUAGACACAAGAUACAUGAAGAAAUGACACUUAAGAGAUUUUUAAACCUCAUGCUGAGCUUUGGUCUUACAGGUGCAGGAGAUAUAAAGAGUAGUUGUUUUAUUGCUUGUGUGCUAGGAGAACUGAAUUCUUUAUGAUGGAAAGAUAUCUCAGACUCAGAAAAAAACACAGAAGCCAACACUUACUGUUCUGUCUGCACGAAUAAUCCUAAACACACUUUUUUGAUUAAGUGCGUCUCAGAUGAUUUCAUUAAAUCAUGUUUCUUGGCAGGGUGACUUGGAUAACUUUCUAGCUUUUUUACAUCUCUCUUUGUUAGUGGGGAUUGAAGAACAGAUACCCAGCAUUUUAAGUUUAACCUAAUAUUGCCCCCUGUCAUUGUGCAUUGUGAGAAAGCUUCAAUGAAAUUACUUUUAAGGGAACAUGUAUGAUUCCUCUGUCCCAUCAGUUUAUAAAGAAGAAUUAUAUAAAUGGUCACCAUUCCUUAACAUGUAUAGUGUACUCUUGUGCUACAUUGAGUGCCUGGCACUCACGUUUUAAAUACACUGAGCACACGUAUUGAUGAUGCCAGAUGAAAUAUUGGAUUUUAUUUAUUGAACGGGGAAUUACGGAAUACCGGGAUGAAAUUGCUGAAUGUAGGCCAAAACGGCCAGUUCUGUGAUUAAUUUGCACUUUUAAAGUUUCCAAUUCAUUGUUUAGUGAGUAAAUUUAGUUUUAAAUUUUUUUGUUUUUAAUUUAUAUUAUUUUUUAAUUAUGUCUUCAGUAAAGGGUGUGAUAAAAAUAAAGGAAUGCACUAAGCUAAAGCUUACAUAGCCUUUUUUGUUGUCAAGAUAACAAAUACCUCAUCCCGUCUAAUGGAUUGAAUUAAAGUUACUAAAAAAAAAAAAUCAUGGAUGGUACUAUACUCAUUUAUUUUUACAUUUCCAAUAUGUUUAGAUUAGCAUUUGAAUUCUGUUCUAUCACUCCCUUUACUAUUCGGACAAUUUGUUUUGCAUUAACCCAAAAUAUAUACACUUUUUUGAUUGUAAACCUAGACUACAGUUAAAGGAUCAUUUAAAAAUAUAUAUGUUUGAGUCACUUGGUAUACAUAUAUUCUAUCAUUUCUAUUUUGUACUUCUAUGUCUGUGCCUUGCGGCUUACCAAGGUUCAACAUGCGGCCAGUCACUUAUAGUAUUUAUGGGGCAUAGAGAACAGAGAAUUCUACAUGCAUUGAUGCCUAUUUUGGCCUUUGAAAUGCACACUGCUGCACAUUUAUGGUAGUCAUGUAACAAAAGACUAAACUUUAUUGCUUUGCCCCAUGCGUAGGUCUAUCAAACAGUUUACUGUACGUCAAGCAUUGAUGUAAUGAAAGGUCCUCUAAUUUCCCCGAGUGGCUUUUGAGUUUGCAUUUUUCUGACAUCACAUCAGCAAUAUGUACUUAAAAAUGCACAUUUUUUUUGUCCAGUAAGAUAAACUGUGGUUGUAUGUAGAUAACGUUUAGGCCAAAAAAGCAGUGAUGUAAAAAUUAUCUUAUUUUGCCUAAUUGGAUAUUUUUUACCACCUAAGCUUUUAACAUUUUACUGUUGCCAGUUUGUUGUCAAUGCACUACAAAUCACUGUUUAGUGAAAAAAAACAUAAUUUUAGUCAUUAGGUGCUUGGCAAUCCUUUUUAUGUAUUCUCUACAGUGAAUCAGAAGCAAGCCGAUAUACCAUGUUACUCACUUGUCUGCAUUCAUUUACAGCUUCGUACAAUCCAUAAGACCUGGCAGCUAGUAAAACUGCAUUCUUGCGUUUUCAAGCAUAGAAAAAUGUAGAUGAAAUCCUUAACAAGGGAAGAAGAACAUAUUACAUCAAUCACCCUUUGAACAAAAUUAGAGGUUGAUAGCUGUAAUGAAGCUUUCAUUAAUGAGCAUGCUUUUCUGAUGCUUCAAUGAUGAGAUUUAACAAAAAAAAAAUAUCUGAGGAACAGGGAUAGAUGGUUGCACAGAGAACAUUAUCUUGUCAAAUUCAUGUGGCAACUGAAGAUCCUUUUUUAUCCUUUUGUUAAAAUGUCGUCGUUUUCACAAUAGUAUGGUGACAUCUGUUAUAGCAAAAGGUGGAAGUAACUGAAUUGUCUUUUGAUAGGAUCUUGUCUGUGUUUAUUGUGAUUCACUAUUCACUACUUUAUUUCAAUAACCCAGGUUAUCUCUGACAUAGCACAUAGUAAUCUUUAGAUAUUUGCAUUCUAGUAUGUGCUAGUAACCAGGGAUUUGUUUUUGUUUGUUUGUGAACAGUUUGAGCAUCGGUUCCAAAGUGCAAAACCUUUUCAUUUCUGGCAGCUGUGACCAACCCACUCAAUGGAUUUCUCUACCGCUUAUACCUGUUAAUUACAAAGCAGCUGAUGUAAGCUAUGUAAUAAACAUCAAUUUCCAACUCGGCCUUGAAUUCCCAAGUUAUCAUGUCAUAUUUUUCCAAGUGUUAUUAUUAUUAGCAUUUAUACAGCUCCAAAAUUUUCCGCAGUGCUUUACAAUUAAAGUUUGGGGAUAUUUAACAGAAUUUGGCAGACCAUAAUUAUGCUGACAGACCCCGGAAUGAGGGCUGUGAUCGAAGGAGCUUACAUUCUACAGGUUUUUCCAAACUCUGGUCCCCCAGAUGUUGCUGAAUUACAAGGCCCACGAUUCUUGAAUGAAACAGAUAGUCAGAGAAUCAUGGGAGUUCUAGCUUUAGAGAACCCUGCUCUAGGACAGGGGUAGGCAACCUUCAGCACUCCAGAUGUUGUGGACUACAUCCCCAUAAUGUUCUUACACCCAUAAUGCUGGGAAAGCAUCAUGGGAGUUGUAGUCUAAAACAUCUGGAGUGCCAAGGUUGCCUAUGCCUGCUCUAGGAGAUAUGAAAGGAGAUGCUGUGGUUAACUUGAAAAGGUUAAUAAGCAAACGUUUAUUCACUAAACUGGAAAUGAUUCGGAAUUGACUAGGGAACUGCACAGUUUAGGCCAAAAUAGCCCAGUUUAAAAAUAGCUAGUUUAUUGGAGCCUAAAAUGUGUAAAUUCUCUGGUCAAUUCAACACAAUUCCCAGUUUAGCAAAUAACCAUAUCACUUGGUUUCUCAAACUACUUUUUUUUUUUUUAUAUAUAUUACUUAUAAUGUAUUCUACAGCAGGCUAACCAAUACACAUCCCUGUCUGGUGCAGGUAUUAAAGAGGAAUCCGAUAUACAAAUGAUUACUUCAGUAAACCCCUUCUGAAUGAACAAAAUGUUAGAAAAUACAGUGGGACAGAGAAGCAGUGUAAACGUGUAUGUUGCUGAAAUACAUUUUAUUGAAACUGACACUAAGUAAGUCUGGAGAAAUGAAGCUAUUUUUGGCAUACACGCCUGCAACUAAUGUAGAUCUCUCAAGAUUUGGAGAUUGAAUAUAUAAUAGCAGUAGGUAUUAUGAUGUCUCAGUGAGGGGCUUUAAUCACGCUCUCACUGUGAGCUGCCUUCUCCCGCAGAUAGCAGGAGCAGUGAUGUCAGCAAAUCAGUCUGGUUUAAGCUUAGGUGUGCAAUUAAGCCGUAUAGAAGAUAUGACUUUCUUAUUUACUUAGCAUGUACUCACUAGUAAAUGCCAUUUUGGUUUGGGAAAUCUUGCCAGCUUUCUUUCUUGUUUGACUUUGAAAGGCCUAUCCUACCCAGUUUUUACCUCAGAAUGGAAUAAAGCCUGCUUAAGGCUAAUUAGAUGUCCUGAUAUUAAUGGAAAAUGUAUUUAAAAAGUGUUUCUCUGUAUGUGAUAUGUUUUUAAAAGCAAUCUUGGUUAAUGCACACAUAUUAGAUAUUUACUGCUAGGCCGUAAUGUCAUAACGUCUGCUUCAGCUAGACAUGCACACAUACCAUGGCAUUUAAUACAUGUAUUCAAUCUUACCAUCUCUCAAUGCUUAUUCAUUCUAUACUAGGGAUACUCAAAAGGUAGAUCCCAAAGUGUUUUAAAACUACAGCUUCCAUGAUGCUUUGUCAUUCUAAAAACAUUCUUUAGGCAUGCAAAGCAUCAUUGGAGUUGUAGUUCUACAACAUGUGGGAUCUUCCUUUUGGGCACCCUCUGUUUAUACCCUUAUUCAAAUACCUUUGUCAACACAAGUGUUCCAUGGAAAACAAUAAUUUAAAGAGCAUUUUAAGAAACCUGUUCAAAUACUCAAAAGAUGUCAAUUUUAACACCUUUUAGCCACCUCAGUCCUGAUCUUUAUCUUCUAAAGAAAUCAUGCUGUGAUUAGAUUGCGAGGCAGCUCAAUACAUAUUUCAAAAGACAUUCAUUUAGUCUCGUAUCCUAGUGCUUUAGGACGAUAGAGAGGUCAUCCUUGCAGUGUGGCUGCUAAGGCCUGUGGCCUAACAAUGCUUGCUUGUUCUGUUGAUAAUAAGACGCAUAACAUGAAGCUACGUGGCCAUUUUGCAAUCACAGCUUCAUACAAACCUGAAGUUCAUGCUUGUAUUUUCUUUAUCAUUUCCUUAAACAUUAAUUUUAGAAUGACUGCUGGAAGGUGAAGGUUUUUUUUUUUUCCUGUGGUGUAGAGGAACACAUUAAACAUUGAAAUAAAAAACACUGUAGACUGACUUGAAAAUUGCUGAAAACUAUGGCCUCACAACAAAUGGAUUUGCAUCAUAUCAGAUUAUAUCACUUGAACCAAAGCCCACUUCUGUGAAUAUUUCACUAGCCCUUUGAUCCCCAUUCGUUUAUAUGUAAAUGAAGCAAUUAUACUGUACCUUUCCUUAAGGCAGCAAGUGCUUGUGUUAACCCAAUUAAGACAUAAACAUAUACAGCAGAAUUAUUAUUACGUUAGGUUAACCUUCCUUACCCACAUCCAUCGAGUGUAACCUGCACUACUUUAUUCAUUUAGUACUACAACUUCUAUCACCUCUAUGCAGCAAAUGACUCUCUCUGUAUAAAUGGGUGUGGGUUAGCAGAGACUGCCAAUUGUCUGGGAAAAGAAAGUGGGUCAGGGAGUGGUAAUUUAAACAAUGAUAGAUAUGUCACAGAGAGUUAAUAUAUGGUCUUUGUACCCUGCUUCUUUACAAAAAAAAAAAAGCUAAAUAGGUUGGUGGGCCUGAUUCUGUACAAAUAUAGCGUUUAUGCUGUUCUUAAGCCAAAUUAAUGGCGGCAACUGUUUCCCACAAUGCAACUCCCAUUAAUCUCAGGCAGGGCACUGAGUUGCCCUGAAAAUAGGUCACAGCUGUCAGUCAAACUGUGCUUUAACCAACCGUGUUUUAAUUAUAUAUAUUUAAAAAUAUGACCCGCUUGUUGAAUGAACAGAAAGAUCAUUGUCUGUCUAGUAGAAAUAUUCAGUAUAGUGCUGUGGUGUAUGCUACUACCUGUGAACGGUUGUCUUAGAAUCUACCAAAAGUAGAUAAUUACAAAUAAACACUGCUUUAUUCACUGGGACAAUGCAAAUCCAUUAUAUUUUAAAACCAGUUUUCUAUGGAUAUGUGUCAGGUAAAAUAUAUAAAAUCAACCUGCAUUAUUUUACUGGCUUUGUCACUGUUUGUCCAACGCCGCCUCGCCUUUGCAUAGCAAGACAGGCCCCACCCUCCUCCAUCACUGUCUGGGCUUUGAGCAUUGCUGCAGGGGAACCUGACUGUACAGGUAUAAAUUAAUUGAUAGGAUACUCUGGGUUAUUCUGUUGUUAUAGGGCGGAGAGUUGAUUAGCUUUACUGAUUAUGCAGCUUGGUGAAGCCAAACGACUUAUAUUCUUCCCCAAUUGUUUGUCAAUCAUCUUUUAUCUUGUGUACUGCGAUGUCUCUACAGAGGCAGGUAUUUUACAGGUGACAGCUGGUCUUGGUUAACCAAAAUUCCAGUGCCUAGGUAGGCACUGUUUUUUUAAAACUGUAAUAUCAUUAACUACUGAGGCCUGUCCUCUUAUGAAAGACAUAAGAUGAUAUUCAUGACAUUUCUGUAUUGUAAAAAGUGGCGUAAAGUUGUAAACGAACACUCACCAGUGGAAUGUUCCAACUAAUUCCAUCGGUUUCCAUGGUGAUUGCACCACUUUGAUAAAUAUCCCCCAUAGUAUUUUUUUUUUACAUUGAUUCCUUCUGUAAAUUGAUAUCAUUAUCAUUAACAGUGUACAACUGCAUUUUUUUUAACCCAAAAAGUAUUUUACUGUGAUUUAAGGGUUAAUUAGGUGCAACUUAACAAAAGAUGACAUAGAUAACCCUUUGUUCUUGAUUACUGGUUUGUUACUUUGUUAAUAGAUAUCAAAGACUUCAUUGAAAAUAGUAUCACUCUUGUUUUAACUGUUAUUUAAAUACUUAGAAUGCCCCUUAACACUUCCCAAUCAUGCCCCAGGGCCUGUCUAGCACUAGAUCUGUCAGGCAGAGUAUGCAGAAAACUGACACUUAUCAGGGCUGCAUACUUAUGAAGGGUGAGGCGAAACCUGUCUUCCAUCUGUGUAGAUUUUAGCUGAUUGGUUAGGGGUUAACACUGUUAACUGGAUCAAAGAGGGUCAGCUUACAUUAGAAUUGAGGUUCAAUUGUGCAGUCCUUUGGCUGUGAAAUUUAAUAUUAUUGUUGUAUCCUGAAGUAAUUGUUAGAUGUCUGAGGAAAGUUGAUUAGAAAUUGAAUAAAAGUGUACACAACACAUUUUUUGUCAGCAUCAACACAGACAAUCAUGAGGUCACAACAGCUCCCUUAGCACUGUUCUGUUAGCAUUAAAAUAAGUUGUUUGUAUUUGUGUGUGUAUAUAUAUCUCUAUAUCUUUAUUUAUCGAUUGUUCGGCAGAUACUUGUGAGGCUGGAUGAGCUUAUUUUAUUUCCAGUUCCUAUAAAUUAAAAAUGUAAAUCCCAAUGGAGACGUUGAAGUUUGGGAUUAAAAGAAAAAUAAUUUAUACUCACACAUUUAAUCUAAUAAUGCUAUGGCUGUUAACCUUUUGCCGGCCUUGUGUGCUUCAAUCAAAUUUAAUUUUAAAAUCUGUUACUAGCAAAAUGGAAACAAGCUAUCUGUGUUAGCAAGUAAGCAACGCUGCCCCUAGUGGUGGCUCCUGGUUACCACGCUACAUUUUGUGAAUAGCAAAUGGUUUGUCUUGUUUUACUGACUGACUAGGUUUAGAGAACAGGCAGCAGUAGACAUAAUGCUUUAUUAAAGUUUCUGUUAUUAUAUUAACUAUAUAGACACAUUUACUUCUAUAAUGAAAGUAGGGAAGAACAUUUCUGUUAGGGACAAACUAAUUUUGCUGCCUCCCAAGACAUUGUAAAAUGGGCAGCACAAUGUAGCUAAAACAUGUAAGGUUCGAUACAUCAAGAUUCACACUAGAGAAAUGCUAUUCAUGUAAGGUUUUUAUUUUUGCUUUGGCUUGUGUUGUUUAAAGUAUUUUCUUUAUCCAGGAAAAGUGUUUAUACAAAAUGUUGUCACCAGGCAGAGUUGCAUUUAAUGUACCUCGCCCAUGUUUUGUUUACUGAUGUUUAAUGAGUAUGGAAUGCCUGAGGUUUUUUUUUCCCAGCAUGUAGUUGAAAUAUGUGAUUGUGAGUUAGGAAAUACUGAAAAGGACAAAAGGGGUCCCCCACGGGGUUGAAAACCCCCUUUUGCAAAAUGACAGUCGGCCUCUUAAGAUUGUGUGAUGCAGAGCUGAAGUAGUGAAGUGUGUAGCUGUGUCAUGGGUCAAGAGCUAGCCCUCAACCACAGCAGAAAGCAUCAUUUAUCAAGAGUAACCAGAAAGAGCAACUAAUUACAUAGCACCAAAGAUUGCUUGUGCAUUCAAACACCACAGUGGCCUAGCACAAUCAAAUUGUUAUCUUUUUCAAGAGCUUUUUAGUUCAGGAUAUGAACAGCCAAACAGAAAACCCCAAAAGUUUUUUUUUCUCCUAAAUAAAUACACACACAUAUAUUUCUAAAAUACACGGAAGUUUGACAAAUUAAUAUCAUAAAUCAAAUACAAUGGACGAUGGCAAAUGACUGAAAAUUAGCAUUUCACUCAGAAUGCAGUACAAGUAUGCCUAGACAGCACUGUCCAGCCUUAAAAUGCCAGCAAACACUCCCCUGAGGGUCCUUAAUAUCUAUGUUAGAUGCAUGCUUUUUAAUCGAAAGCAACGUUCAGGAUCUCCAUCACAGAUUGCGUCUUGCUGUGUUUUAUAAAGAGGCCAUGAAUGACUUCAUGAAUAUGAAUAUGCUUCCAACUUUGCACAGUUUGCAAUGACUCCCGACGGUGACAUUACAGCUGGGGGUCCAGUGGCCAGGGGCGAGGGGGUGCAAGCAAAGGUGAGUUGAACUUACCUCGCUGGGGCGGCCAUCUUUUUCCAGCCAUGUCUUAUCUGCUCCUGGUGCUUCAGCACUAAGAGCCGAAGUCAUUGCUGUAUUCUCACGCCUCACUAUAUCUUUUGACUGACUUGGUAUUUCGUUGAAUUUUAUUGAAAUUCCAACACAGUCGAUAUGAGUAUUUCAUAAAGGGGGGAGGAGAAAAGUAUUUUGUAGGGCAUUCUGGGAGGCUUGCUGAAAUCUAAUAAUUCAGAGCUGUCGCACAUAUGGUUGAUAUUUUUUAUUUUUUCAUUUUUACAUGUGUGAAGGGCUAACAUAACUUCUUGUUCAAGAUUCCAUUGAAUAUUACUUUGGCUUUACUUCUGCCACUUCUAUUAUGCUUGCAAAAUGUUCAGCGAUCCCUUAGCAAAUCUGCUUUUAAUGCACACAGCCCCGGUUCAUUUAUUGGGGUGGUGGUAGAAACUGAUACAGUGACACAUACAUACAGGAUGAAGUCACACUAGGAAAUACACAGCCAGGCUGACAGAUACUCGCUGACUGCCUGCCUGCAGUUACACAAUCUCUAAAAGACUCAGCAUUAUGGAAAACAUAAAUGUACUUUGUCUCCAAUAAAAAUAAUUAGAUAACUAGUGGUGCAUGUUUAUGGAAGAAACUGAAGCACCGUUUUCGUUUAAUUUACGGAAGUCUCUACAGCUAAAUACGUCCUCCCUAAAAUAUGCGCUGGGAAACCUGUUAUUCUUUCAAAUGAGUCUUUAGGUGACAUCAUUGCAAGCAGACCUGGGAAGUCCACUGUCUUUCGGUUUUGUGUAUCAAUAUAGGCUUGGCAGACCACAUUAACACUUAAGCUAAUUGGUAAAUUCAAAUUGCGAGUGACGAAUAAGGAGAAAAUGGUAUUUUGUGUUUUUUUUUAUUUUUUUUUUUAUAUUACUCAAGAUUAGAAAUACAAUCAAGCAGCACAUGGGUACAAGGCAAAAAAUAAAGUAAAAAUGGUGUGGAUUUAUUAAUCCUUUGAGACUCUCCAGGUAGUACUUCCUUUUCCUUUACCCAACUGUUUAAUUUGUGUGUGCCCAGGACCCCCUUUAAUCAGGCAUGCUGACCCUCCCUUUUUAACCACAUGUUUGGUUAAUGAUGGGGUUACUAAUACCAAGCAGAUAUCCACAGUACCUUCAAGCCUUCCAAAAACAAUAAUCUUUGGCAUAGGAGCUAACAAUUGGCAAAAAAGGGAUUUUGAUCUUUACCUCAGCUACCUGGUGUGCCUUCUAUGGACAAACCUACCUAUUUUUCAAGUUUUGCUUUUAAAUAAAUUACUCCCCCCACUUUAAUGAGAUUCUUACCAUUUGUCGAUAAAUGUAUGGGUAUCACUUUCUGAUUCCCUUAUCUUUAUGUUUAUUGUCUUCCCCUGCUGUGUAAGUGGAUUGUGUGUUGAAGUCAACCUGAGGUCAGCCAACAGUCUUCCCUGUCAGAAUGUUAAGUAGCUCCUAUGCUUAAAUAGACCAACAUUUGAUGUAUAACUCUAAAAAAAAAUAACAAAAUAAUAAAAGUAGAUUUCUUUAAAAUGAAACCAGUCUUUUCAUCUAAACAUGAAAUAUUUGACAAGAGAAAAUGCCAAUUUAACCCUUAAAUACCAGGACUAGCAAUUUGACACAUUUUGUUGCUCUUUAAUACUAAGAUAAGGUUCACGUUGACAGCUAAACUUGGCAUUAAAGCUGAAUUAAAAUAUGCAAUGCUAAUGCUUGUCUCUGAUUACUCAUAAUGUUCACUUACAAAACGCUGUCACUAUAAAGACAGAUCAGACGGAUAGAACUGGAAGUGGAAAACCAAACAUAGUGGCUGACACAAGAAUUGAUUUAGCAAUUAAUAAACCUACCUGGUGGCCUCUCUAGGCUUAAUAUGAAGGGAUCCCUGGCUUAAGGCUUUGUUCUCAGCCUUUAAUAUUUUAAUGAGCCUGCAGGCUUGGCUGCUUAUAAAUGAGUAGGGAUUUCUAAGUGUGGUGUUUAAUGUUUCAGGUCCGCAAAGGUUGUUGAUUAGAAAUCUCCUGUUUCAAUUUCCCACAGGCAAUCUGCCGUGAGCAAUAUAAGGGAGCAGCUUAGAUCCAAGGAUGCUGACGAUAACCAUUUCAUGAGCUACUGCAGUACUCCUGAAAACAUUAAAGACCUACUUACUUGUGUAGUGCAAAUAAUUUGUUUUUUAAUACAGAUGGCUUCUAUUUGCUGGAAAGCCAAACUGUGAAGUGUUAUGCAGAAUCAAAUAAAGCAGUGCCUUGGAACAGCAAUUUUUAUACCAUGCAACUUUUGUUUGCUAAAGCUGUCUUACAGGGUUAUUCAAAAAAAAGCACAGUUGAUGGGAUUUUAAAGUAAAUUCAGAGUGCAUUUCAAAUUUAAGACCAAGUAGCUGAACUGGAUACAGAGCUGAUUUACAUACAUUUUCAAUUUCUGCUAUUUUGGCCUUAUAUUAAAUUUGCUCUAAAUUCUCAGCAAUUCUCACUUGAUAAAAUAACUCUGUUGGUCGACCUUGUAGAAAUGUUUAUAGAUAUACAAAUGCUGGCAGUUGUCAUUAGAAAUAUAAGCACAGACACACAAUCUGUAUAUUCAUAGUUUUUUGUUGUUUUCUUUAAUAUAGGCUAACUUGUGAGCUUUAAGUGAAAGGCUUGUUGAGUAACAUGGUUUUGCUUACUCUAGCAAUCCAUGUGCUAAGACGAUGAUCCUACAGCUUCAAAAUAGACACAAAAAUUCACAGCCCAAUUCUCAAUGUGGCUAUAAAUAGUGCUGUGAAACAGAGGAUGUUUAAGGCAUGACUUUUGCCCUUUAUAAACUAGGCACUCUCACUAUUACCUGUCAUGACAUUUUCAUAAACUUUGGUUUCAACCUUUUGGUAAGAUGAAUGCCCCCCUCCAUCAGUAGGUAGCAUUAAAAAGGAAUACUUUGAACUCUUUUGAAGUAAAAGAUAAAUAUAGGGGGUAGAAACCAAUAGCUGUAACUGUUGAUCUAAAGAAGAAACGUGUUAUUUUACUGUCAGUUUAAUGUUCUGCAUUGCAAUAUAUUGCCCACCCAGUUGGAGCCAGAAGUGUUAAGUGGAUUCCUUAACAUUUAAUUUGAAAUGGAUCAUUGCACCUAUCUUGUGUAAUGGAAAAUGAAACAGUUAAAGGCGUUAUCAUAUCACAUACUAUUUUUUAAAGUAGCAGAAAAUGCAAUAUCUUUUUUUGUCUUAUAUUAACACAAACAUAAUGAAACAUUUAUGUUUUUUUGCUUUGAGAUCACUUAUGGAUCACACUCUAAGUGUUUUUUUGUUUGUUUUUAUAAUCUACUUGCCUUUUCAGUUAAUAUGUAUAUUGAUAUGACAAUCUGUUAAAAUACUUAACUUUAAAUUCUCGUAUAUUUUGUUUUAGGUUCGUUCCUGGACAAGGGCUUGUACUAUAUCCACAAAUAGGAGAUAAACUGGAUAUUAUUUGCCCCAAAAUGGACUCCAAAUCUGUUGGCCAAUAUGAAUAUUACAAAGUUUAUCUGGUAGAUAAAGAGCAAGCAGACAGUUGUACUAUAAAGGACAGAACACCUUUACUGAACUGUGCAAAGCCUGAUCAAGAUGUGAAAUUUACCAUCAAAUUUCAAGAGUUUAGCCCAAAUCUCUGGGGACUGGAAUUCCAAAGGAAAAAAGAUUAUUACAUCAUAUGUAAGUAAAACUUGUUUAUUAUAUUUCUCUCAUGAAAGUCUACUUUUUUGCAUGUGACAUAUUGAUGAAGACAAGCUAUCUUCUUCAGCCUUUGUUUCAGGAAUUGCCUGGCUUCCAGCUGCAGUAGAUUGCAACUCUUACUAUGCUUUCCUUAUUUCUACAUCUUUUUGUUCAAGCCAGGCAUAGUUCAUCUAUGCUUUCUAUUACCAGUUAUUGGGUGAGGUGCAUGCAAUCAGUAUUUUAAUGGGACACUAUAGGCACCCAGACCACUUCAUCUCAUUGCAGUGGUUUAGGUGCAGUUACCCUGUUCCCCUUAAUCCUACAAUGUAAAACAGUCACUAGAGGUGCUUCCUGCAGUUUCACGGAGUUUGACUAAAAUUCUGCUGGAUGUCUUCACGCUGUGUAUGAGGACGUCCAGCGUCUACAAAAUCCCAAUAGGAAAGCAUUUAGGUAAUGCUUUCCUAUGGGGAAGGCACUAGGUCCUCCCCCAUCGGCUGAUUUGGUGGAGGAGGAGUUCGACCCAGUGCCGGGGACAUCGGAGUUGGAACAGGGUAAGUGUAAAAAGGUUUUGUUUUUAACCCUUUUUUUGCCGGGGGGUUGUGGGCACUUUAGUGUUAGGAAUACAAUUUUGUACUCCUUACACUAUAGUUUUCCUUUAACUCUUAACAGUGCUAGCAGGAUGUGUACAGUGCAUUGACUUUCUGCAUUUAAAAACAUUCUGACAUUGUUGCAUGAUGAAAAACAUGGUAGAUAUAAUACACAGACCUUUUGAUAUAGGUGCAGAUUGUGUCACUUUUGUGUUAUAGAAAUAGUUAAAAUGUUGAACGUGUAAAGUUAUCAUACCUCUGUUAUGCGGUUAUUUAGCUGCAUUAUAUGCUAGCUGAGAUCUGAUCAAAGAUUCUAAAGAGACACACUUUGAGUUCCCAGACCUCAAAGCCUAGUUGCUAACCUUUUUGAAAGUACUGCCCAGACUAUCAUGAAAUAUAAUCAUUUUUCGGCUUACUAACAUCUUUUAUGACCUGUGAAGUGGGUAAAAGAAAUGCCUUGGGAAACACUUGAUUGAAAACCUUCAGCGUGCAUGCGGACCUCAUUAGUUCAGCUUACAGUCAGACGAUCAUCUGCUUUGACAUGAACAAACUAAAAUAAGUAGGUUUCCCUAAAUGUUUUGUCCGAAUUAUUUUUCUAUAUCAAAUAGAGGUUUUAAUUGCUCUCUUGCCUCAGUGCUAACAAUCUAAUUCGAAACCUGAUUCCUAAUGUGGAAUGCAGCCUCCUCAGAGUUUCUUCAUGCAAGGUUGCCCGCAAGAUUAAAAUUGUUACUGAAAUGUAAUGAUUUGUGCACCGCCCCUGUAAGAAAAAAUGUAUUUUGAUUUCUUUACUGAAAUUAGAUUUUUGUUUUAAACGUUUAAUAAUUGGUCAUUAUAUUGCUUUGGAUUAAAACAUAGCUUAAUUGAUGUUCAGGAUAUUUGUCUAUUUGGAGUAAGUUGUAAGGAAAAUCUUUUUUUUUUUUUUUCUCUUUAAUAUGGGGCUUUUUCACUACAGUGACAUGGCGAAUUGCCAACUGUCUUGCAAAAUGUAACUAACAAAAAAAAAAUUCUGUGUGUUUAUCGCACUACUCAUAGGCAAGUAUAAUAACACUCUGUCACUCAAAUAUUUAAUCUAUGUAUUUAUAGGUAAUACCGGUCGUACUGUUUAUGUAUAUAUAGAGUUCUGCUCUUUAAAACAUAAUAAAUUCAGGAUGUGAACAAGAAGGAAAAUGUUCCCCUAUAUAAUAAAUACCUUUUAGCUCACGGUGAAAUGUUGCAUCUGUGAAGCUCAAGUUAACGCCACCAGACUCUUCCGUAGUUUUAAGUUCCGAUCUCCUAGCCUGCUUUUGAGUGCAUGUCUCCAAACGUAACUAAGUGCAAUUGCAGAAAGGGGGACGACUACUCUCAGAUGAAAGAAAUAGCUUCUAAGUAAAAUCACUGUUAUAAUAAAAGACACAGUUAUAGCCAUCAUUUUUAGAGCCCAUGAGUUAUAUUUUUAUUUGACAUCGACUUUCGUCUCCUAUAAAAGAAAAUCUGUUUGAGAAUUCUUUGAUGUAUUGGAAAAAAAUCCAGUGCAAUGGAAUUUUGUAAUGAACUGGUAUCGCCAUCAGCACAGACCACAAAGAAACUGUUUAGUGUCACCAUUGACUUUUGUUUACAGCAGCAAGCCUACUUAGAUUUGGGAAAGUAGAGUUGAGCUCGCAAGAUAACUAUAGUCACAUUAACAUAGGCCCUUGGAAUACAGAAACCUGUUUAAAUUUAUAAAUAUUUUUUGAUUAAACAAGAAUAGUUCACACAAAAUAAUAAAGGAUAGAUUAUCUUUAAAAGUGCCUAUAUAAUGAAAACUUUUCACAAUAAUAUGCAUUACAAUUUUUUUUUUUCGAGCAUCCUUAGAAAUCUCGAAAAAUGUGAAUAGUUACCUGCUUAUCCUUUCAGCUGGAACUUUGGCUAAUGAGAAUGUGCCAAGCAGAUCCUGCAAUGUUAAUGUGCCAAAUAAAUCCUGCAGUGCUAUAUUAUGAUUCUUGCCGAGAAUUAUGAAAUAGAUGGGAAUGUAUUCACUGAGCAGAUAGUUAUGGUAUAUUAUCAAUUGACUCGAGGAGGUUAGGCCAAAUUAAUAAACUGGAAAAAACAAAACAAUUAGAAUUAUAAUAAUUUAUUGUAUUUUACAUUUGGAUAUUAAUUCUGAAUAUUUGCUGUAAACCCAUUAUAACUAGCUGCUUAGUAGAUAUGCCUCUGUAGAAUUGCUUUAAACACACAGGCACCUUGAAUUUGUUUACAUUUGUAUUGAUGCCAUAGGUUUAACACAUCCUGAUGGAGCCAUGGUAUAUGGGAAUUUCCGUCCCAGACCACACAAAUCUUGUAGAGAAGCAUGAGACUGUAAGAUUAAUGACCUUUGCUCAUAUUCCGCUAUUACUGUGACUAUACUGACGGGUUAUCUUAUUUAAAGAAUGGAACAGAUACUGCAGCAGGAAAUAUUUAAGUGCCACUUCUAAAUUCCCAAGGGCAGCAAGUGAAAGAACAAGAUUAUUCUGAUAGCUAAAGACUGGGAUUUGUGGUGAAAAAAAAUGAGGGGGCUAAAAAGCAUGUGCAAUAUCACAAUGACAGUAGACAGGAGACAUCAAAAAGGACUUGUUUAAAAUAGCGUUGGAAAUGUGCCUCUCAUUUUAUGCAUCAACAUUAUUUACGAGGAUUUGAACCCUUGAGUAUAGUUACAUAGUUACCAUAGUUACCAUAGGCUGAAAAGAGACAUGUGUCCAUCAAGUUCAGCCUUCCUCACAUUAGUUAUUUUGCUGUUGAGUUCUUGAAGCUUUACAUGUUCUGCAUAGAAAUAUUUGAGUAGAUUUUUUUUUUUUUUAAAACAAAUGUUUUGUGAUCUAACAUAGAUAUACAAUUGUGUAUUCCAGCAGCCAAAAGGGUAGGAAUUUCAAUUAAAUGUACCAUCAUAUGUAAUUUUUAAAGUAGCUAUUCCAUCUCACCUUAACUGGAGACAUGUAAAUAUGCAUCUUAUCAUGCUUAAGUAUGUGAAUGCAUUAUACCUAUUGAAACAUCUGAAAAUGAACUAUUCCUCCAUUUAUGUCAAUGUUCCAGAUCCCAGAUUCAAAUACCUUAUGCAAGAUUUGAUGAUUAGAUUUUGAGUAUGGAACGUAUCUUAGGCACUAACUGAAAUAUCUAAAAGAGAGAAAAUGUUGCGCACUUGUUAUACAGAUCCAUAGAUUGCAUAUUUACUGGAGAUUACAAAAGUGUUCCAAGUGAAGUGGUUUAUUUUACUCUUUCAAAACAAGAAUCUCUAAUAUAGAUAGUUCAGUUUUGUUGUAUGUGAAAACCUUUCUUGAGCUUUAGUGUUGUGUUUAUAUUUGCCAUAAACUAGGAGGAAUGUUUAGAGCAUUAGGUGGCGCUGUUGUAAGUGAUAGCAUAGAAUGAGGUCAGUUGAACUACCAAUUAUUCUGCAUUGUUCUAAUUUAGAAAUGCAGAUGGCAACAUACAAUUCUCUGUAUAAUGAGCUUGUUGCAUUAGAAUUCUCGAAAAGAAAGGAAAUGAGUUGCCUUCUGAUUCAGUUAGAUCCAUAAUAUGUAUAGUGAGAUUUCCAAAUCCUACUUUGAAUUUAUAUUUUAGCCAAGAAGACCUGGUGUCAGUACAUCUUACCAACAAGUAAGACACAGGGUUACAUAUCUUUAGAAUGGGCAGUUUUGUGCUUAUCUCUAAUUCAUACUUUUGAGUGCUUUGAUGUAGGACUAUCACAAGGUGAAGUUAUUUUUCAUUAGACCAAGCAUGUAGAAAAUUGCACUAGAUUGCUAUUGUAUAGCAAAGCUCCCCUCAGAGAAAUGAGGUUCACCGCCAGGGCAAAGCCUUACUGUGGAUUUUUAUUGGAGUCGCCAUUAGGCCAAUGCCCGGUCAAAGCACAUAGCAUCACGUCCAUCUGAGCCAUUAUACCAUGAGAGUGGAGUAUUUUCUAAUCCGUAGUGUUAUAUUCCAAACUGUCAGUUAACAUUAACUCAGUCAGUGGUGAAAUCUCCCCACCAAGAGAUGAACUCUGCCUCAAAAUGAUGUUUUCCACUUCACUGCCACUUGUACAUCAAUUACCAGGUCAUUAAUAUCAUUGCAUGCAAUUAGAGCCAGUAGAGCACACGUGUGUUUUUUUGUUUUUUCUCUUACCAUGAACCUUUGUAAGCCAGGGAAUUCAGCUGGUAGAUUCAAAUUACUAAAGACACACCGGAUUUGUGAAAGAAUAUUUUAUACCAAAAUAUUGGUAAUGAUUAAUUACAGUUCCAGUUGGUCAUCUCAUGGGUAGAAACAAAUAACAUGCACCGAUACGGUUGGUCUGGAACAAGUUAAUUUGUUUAACUCCUUUAUUAUGAGAUGCUGUUUUCUAUUUCAGAUCUAUGAGCUUGCAUUGACAUAGAUUAUAUAGUGGCUGUAGAAUAUAUUUGCACUUCAUAAAUCUUCAUAUUGGACAGCAGUGAGACAGUUCUUGUAUUUACCAUGAUUAUGAUUUAAGAAUGGAAGGGCUUCAGGGAAUGGGGUUAUCUGACCCUUUUACAACAAUAGAGGAUAUAAAAAAAUCAUUACUGACCCUCCAGUUUGUUCAUUACCCUUUUUAACUGCUAUAUAAAUACCGAGAGAUGGUUAUUUAUACACUAACCUGCACUUAAAAAGGUCCAAUAUUAGUAAAUAAAGUAAAGCAAACAAAAAAUGUGACUCUAACGGCAUUCUUAGUUUGUCUACAGCUUGUGCCCCAACAUAUGUUUAAUCCUGCUUACCCGUUCCUAUUCACCAAGGCUCUUUAAACUACAUUGGUUUGUUGAAAUGUACCUGUAUACUUUAAUUCCACAUUGUAGAAUGCUGUGGAAUAUGCUUCCGUUGAUAAAUAGGAGAAAUAGUUUCAAUAACGUUUUUUUUUUACUUUCUAGUUAUUUCCCAGCAGUGCUUAGUUUGUAUCUGUUUCUAUCAAUCCACUUUAGCCAUUUUAUGUCCAGUGACACAGCAUAUGUAUCUUCAUAUAAAUGUCUACUUGUGGUGCUUUAAGGGUUAAUUAUUUGAACUCUUUAUUUAUUUAUCCUUCCUACAACAUUACAAUGUAACUGAACAUUUUUAGUGACCUGUUUGGCAUAAUAAAAUUACAUGCUAAGAUUUGCUGCUAAGAUGCAUUUGAGCAAGUGUUUACACGCAGUGAGUUAGUUGGAUGACAGAAUCUAUAUUAAUCUAGAAACAAGUGAGGCACUAGAUCGCUAUGGCAAUAAGACACUAUUUUCCCCAAUCUCCGCUGGAUAUUAUGUGUUUAAAUAAGAAAACCUCCCUUGUCUUUGCUGAGUGCAGAAGAAGAGAUACAAUUUAUUACUGCUAGGACUAUUUGAUCUUCUUGAGAGAAUGCAGGCAUAUGGGGCUCCGGCCUGGGAAGGUACUUGUGUCCUUGUCACUCUCUUACUCUUUCUUUGCUAUCGGCAAGGAUGCUAAGAGCGGUACAACACAAAGACAGCUGUGGCCUGAGAAAUCUGUGCUCAUUAAAUCAAGACACUCUGGUUUAAAAUGAUUCUAGUAGCUAUUCAAAGGCCAGUACACAAGAAAUAAUUAUAAUGGUCUCUUUGCGUUUGCUCUGUGAAAUGGUUAUGAUGGCAAAAAGGAGGAGUUGAAAAUUCAGCUUUUCUCCCCACCCCCCAAAAGAAAUGUCUUUAUUAUACAGCUCCAAUUACAAUUAAUGGGAGGAGAGAUUAGGUUACGCUCAGGAAUAUUCAUAAGCUCCCACUAUGCCUUUUGUUUCAGCACAAGAAUUCCCCAUUAUGAGAUGAGAUCUGAAGAUAUAAACUGUGACGCUUCAUUGAUCUUUCUCAAAAGCAUUUCAGAAAUCCCUUGUUUUAAAAUGUUAUGCUAUUUUUUUUUUCUAUUAGUUAAGAACAGGGAGAAAUGUGAAUUUGGCAUUGUACACCUAGCAUUAUCAAUAAAAAAAUAUACAUUUCAGCGAAUGGUUCUGGCAAUUAACCUCUUACAAUCCUACAUUAUUUCAAUAAUGUAGAAACUGCGCAUGAUUACUAAUGCAGGUUUUUAGUGGGUGAGUUUUUGUAAUAUUACAUUUGUUUCCCUAAUUAACUAAAAAUAUUGCCUGUCUUGCUGUGUAAAAGAAAAGUAUAUUUUCCUGAAAACCUAUCCAGCUGUAAUGGAUACCCACUGGGCUGCAAAAUGGCCAAUUAUUUUUCUAUAUAUUAUAUUUUCUUUAAGUCUUAUUAUGACUAUAUUUAUCAUUAUUGCUUUCCCAGUUCUACUGUGCAUUGUAGAUCUGAGUUUGAACAGUCACUUUUUGUAAUUUGCUGGUACUCAGAGAGUUAAAUUAUACACAGCUGUAUUAAAACCUCAGUAAACAGAGUACCGGCAUUUGGAAGUCUUUUUUUCCAUAAUAAUGUACAAACAGUAUUAGACUUUGGGGAUCUAUUAUCUAAACAGUCGUCAUGUGUUGGCAAAGCAUAGUAAAAAUAUAUUCAUCAAUUUAGCAGAAUACUUUUUGCAGGUCAGUUGUCCACUUACCUAAACUGACUGUUAAGUGAGUAGAUCUCAUAAAUCUUCAUUGCACCUGUCAACCCAUCGAUUCAGAGAUGUAUACACCCAGGUGUGGUAAACCAAAUUAUUUGUUAAAAAGUGUAACCCUUUCCUUGUCAGGGAAGACAAUACACUUUGGACACUGUUUUUUUUUUUUUUCUUUGUUAGCUCACUUUCAGUGUUCUUGCCUUUUUGUUUUUUUUCAUUGGGAAUAGGAUAGAAGAUAGCAAGAUCUCUUUAAAUACAUUUUUAAAUGCCAGAUUCGGGGCUGUGUUUUAUAAAUACCAUUCACAAUACAGCCCUACAAAGAAAUUAAUUAUGUAAUUUUGUCAUGGACAUUUAAUACAGUAUACAGUGAUGCAUGCCCAACUUUUUGUCACCAUAUACUACUUAAAGGUCAGGUUGGCCAAAACAAGGAAAAGCAUCAUGGGAGUGGUAGAUAGGCAACAGCUAGUGUUCUAAAAUUUGGCCACCCUGUUCUAAGAGUAUGGUAAAUCUCCUGCGACUGCUGGUUUUGCUUAUAUUGUUGUUCUCCAUUCCAAUUUUUAGAAAUGAGAGCCGGGUCACUACUUUCACAUUAAUUAAGCUGAUAAACCCAACAGUGUGCCCUGCUGGUACUUUAUAAGGGUGUGAGACAAAUGAGAGCAACCAGAGCAUGCUCGCAUGGUCUUGCCGCCAAAGGAUUUUCUUUGAUAAAAGAGCUGUGAGCUUGAUAAUCCUUUUGAAGCGGACAUUAGAUCAAGUACAGCUUGCAUUAAGGAUUGCUUCUUAUUAAUGCUUGAUUCCAAAGCCUUUCACUUUUUGUUAGUGAGUGGAAAGGAUUUCUUUAACAGAGUCUACAGAUGUAUAUUACGUUCUUCCCCUCUCUCCCUCCUCUUUUUCCCACUCUCUAUCUUGCUCUCUCUCCUGCAGAAACGGAUAUGACUGCAGAUAUAUAUAUAUAUAUAUAUAUAUAUAUAUAUAUAUUAGUUUAACUAAACUUUAAAAACCCAAUGUAAUUUAUUUCACACAAUGAUUGCAUUGCCACUUAGAUUGAAUAUAGUUUCAAAAAUGUAAUGCUGGCAGUAAAUAGUUAAACCUGUGCUGGAACUCAAACUGUGCACAAUACUGUCAUCCUGAAGAGAAAACUUGUUUUUCUCUUUCCGUUAGUGGCAAUAUUUUAUUUAUUUUCCGUUCAAUCCGUGUGAAUAAGUAUAUGUACAGGUUUAAAUUCAGGCAGCUUAAUGCUCGCUCUGAUUAGUGUUGUGUUACUAUCUUGAUUGGCCGAAAUCAGCCAAGAUCUAUGCAGCAGCUAAAUCUCCUGGGAGGCAACGUAAUAACGAUCAAAUGAAGACAUAUUAAAAUGUAAUAUUACUUUCUUCCAUGGGGACUAUAUAAAAAUCAUAGCCAGAAACAGCUUGUGCUUGCUGCUCCUGUUUCAACUGCUGAUUCAGUAUCUUUUUUUUUUUUCUCUUCAUUUUGGGAGACGUCUUUUAAAGACUAGAAAGAAUAUUCAAGGUUUCACUUAUAUUUAUUGUUCGGCAGGUUCACUAUAUGUAUUUUUGGAAGCUGAAUAAAGUGGAAAUGUUUUUUAAUUUCAUUUUUCUAGCAAUCUUUUGUUUUUCAAAUUCAAAUAUAUUAAAUUGAUACAGAACAGUAGGAGCCUAGCACCAUAGUGAACUAUGGCACCAAAAAACAUUCUAUUGGCCACCACCAUCCAAUGCUUAACAGGUGCCAGUUGUAAAACUCUUUCCAAUAUUGUACGCAUGUUUCUGUGAGCCCCACUGACUUGGAAGCUUUAUCAAUUUUUAUUUCUUCCAAUUUUCCUUUUAAUUAUGAUUUAGUCAUGCCUGCAAACGUAAUCUGUUAGUAACGGGAACUUUGGAACAUCUCUCUGUAUUUUAUAUAGGGCCGAACGACUAGCUCCAUCCAUUGUUAGAUAUCAGCAACAAAUCUGCUUACCUUACGUCUUAAGAAUGCUGAAAUUUCAAUCUGAAUUCCAUAAUUUAUACGGCGACUAUAAUUAAAGCAGGAAACGGGUACUGAAUUUUUAGUGCAGUGUCUGAAUUUUUGCAAACACUAAAACACAAAUGGUGCUGCCCCACCAAUGAACUAAAAAUCAAUAAUUUCAGAGGGCCUUCUUUGUCUAUAUCUUACAUGGAUACAGCAUUGAAAUGGCACGCUUACUCCUAACUUUUGAAUUCUACUUUAGAGUCAUUGGCCACUUUUUCAUGGACCCUCAUAUCUAAACACACAUGAAUACCUUGCUAACAUACAUACACAGAACAGAGUUUAAUUCUGUGUUUUUAGUUUAUGUUCUAUCACUGACCAUAGCAAUCACAUAACAUGAGUUACUGCUGUUAAAAGAGUACAUUUUUAACUCUACUAUCCUAAAUUCUAUGCAAAGUUCAUUUUGCACCAGUGUGCACCAGAAUUAAAGUCUGGAGAAGUCACUUGGGUGUUAUUGAUUAAAAUAAGACAGAACAGGUACCUCAAGCUGCUUAUAUAGCCAAGUUUUGCUAAAUGCCUUAUUGUUAUGUUAAAGGAUCGAGUGAAAAUCAGCUCCAGCCUGGAGUAUCCCUUUAAAUUUCAGUAUUUUCAUACACUAAACAUGCUUAAUGUAAAAUGUAUCCAGCAAACCUUGUUUUGGACACCCAGAGCCAACUUCUGAACUGUUAAAUCCCUCUGAGUUGCCAAUGAUGGCAUUGGUUCUGCACAGGAUGUUUCAAACCAUGUGUAUUAAAUCACUGAAAAUGUAUUGGCAGUCGUUCCAGCUCAGAAAUCAUACACACUUUAUUUAUUUUCAUGUCAGCAGCACACCAGUUAAAUAAAAUACAGCCUACAAUAUUCAAUAAGUCUAAUUUAUAUUAUAUGUAUUAAAAUAUCCAGAAAUCAUGCUUUAAAUGAAAGGGAAAUUAAGUAAUAAAUUAGAUAUCUUAAGUUCCAGGAUAACAGAAGACAUAAUAAAAAGCGUUAAUGUUCAAGCAAAGCUUAAUAAAUGAAAAAUUCAGUAGUGCUUUGUUCUUAGGACAACAAAAAUCAACAGCAAAUGAUAAAAUAAUUGAAGCAAAUACUCUUAAAGUAGGAACAGCUUUCAGCCUGAGGCAUUGUAAAUUGCACAUUCCAUUUCCAGAUUUGCCUCAGCGUUUUAAGGUUCCUUGGCUAUAACAUUUGCAAAAACAAAGCAUUUGGAAUAUUAAUUCCCUUUUAAAUAGCAGGAAAUUAAUGUUGUGAUUUUAUGACUGAACCAGAACUGAUCCAUUGUAACCUGAGCACCAAAUGGGACUCCUGACUGGGAGUAACAGGGUAAGUGACUGGUAACUCACUUCUUAAAAUGCAGUGUUAUUAAGGCGUACCAUAGAGAAAACCAAACAAGCUAUUUCUGUUUUGAUUAGAAAAUGUGUUUUUAAUAUAAUAUAAUUUAGAACAUGUUGGGAUAGUAAACCUUCAUAUAUGUACAUAGUGUCCAAAAAAGUUAUACCCUUUCUAAUCAUGGCUGUUGCUGUUGAAAAAGUAAAUAGAACAACCAUCCCAAUAUCUAGGCCUAGAAAUGACUGGGAGUUUCGGGCAUCUUUUAUGUUGGAUCAAGAACCCCUGUAUGAGUCACUGAGUCACUCCUGUGGCAUUCUGUGGAAUGAAGUCAUGAAAUUAUAUGAAACUUUUUUUUUUUUUUUAUCUGCUACUUUCAGGAAAAAUUUGUUAAAAUCACACUGCCUGAAAACUACCUCAUCAGACAUCACGCCUAGUUGUUUUUUUUUUGUCCAUACUGCUUUCUGGGUCAGUUUCUUUGUGUCCCUAAAAAACAAUAAAAAUGGAAAACUCAAAUAUAUAAUAUCAAUUUGCCUAUUUCAUGUUCUCCUAUGUUCUAUUUUUAAAGGUGAUCCAGCCAGUUAACUAGAAUGCUGCAUAUAAUUUGUGGUAACCGUAAAAGCAACUAACAAAUAAAAAAGCACACCCAUUUAUAGCUGAAUAUUAUAAUAUGCUGUUUCCAGAGGUUUAUAUUUUUCCCUCUGCUGCUCAUUUAAUGUUGAAAUGUCAUUUAAAAGCUGUACACCAGCCACACAAUUGUUCUCAGUGCUAGUUUCUAUAGUGACAUAGCUAGCCAUUUUAGGGUUUUGCUUUAAAUGUCAUUGUCUGGUACUUAGAAUACAAAAUGGCCACAGAGACUACCCCUUAAAUAUCAGAAAAGGCCUCAAAGUCAUUUCGUGUGUUUGCUUAAUAAAAAGUCUUUCUUGUACUCGUGAAUAAAAAGAAAAAAGGAAUUCAUCCAGAUUACUGGUGUUCUGAAUUUCCCCACAGAGGUUGUUACAAGUAGUCAGUUUUAAUUAAGGGUGUAAUGUGUCUCUGGCCUUUCGCUAUGCUACAAGAUGAAGCUUCAUUUUGAAGAUGAGCUUCGAAAUGCCCAAAGCUGUUUUAGGUGACAAUGAAAGUACUGUGAUCUACUAUAUAUAUAUUAUUUUAUUUUAUUUUGGUCUACUAUAUAUAUAUAUUUUGUUUUUGUUUCUUUGUUUUCUUUUUAUCUUUGUUAAAAAGUAAAAACUCCUUUGGCAAACAAAGGUAUAAAUGUAACUGCUCUCAUACUUUACUGAAAACAAUGAAUAUAAAUCACUAGAAGUCCAGCAAACCUACUUGAACAGUGUUUUUUUUUAAUAUUCAUUACAUGUGGUUGUUAAAAUCAGUAUUACUUGUUUUGAGAAAGAUUUACAUUGGCAUUCUAUUAUACACACCUUUUUCCUUGAAUUAGAUUGUGAAGGCUGCGUAAUAAACUGUUCUAUUGAUGCUCUAGCUCCAGAUGUGACAUGAACCCCUUGUGGGGUUAAUGAAGACAGGACUGCUAGGUGUGUGUAAGGGUUUAUUUAUAGACUAUUGUGGUGAUACCAAAUGUCUAACAUGUUCAUACCUCCUAACUGUGCCUCGGCUGGAAUCCGGAAGGGGACGGACCUUUGGAGGGAGAGUCGCCCGAGACACAUCUUGUUUAACUGGUGAUGCCCCUAAAUGGUGCCUCUAAAUGGGUGAUCCUGCCCAAAAAGUAGACGGUACCUCCACUGGUUUGGCAUGUGUGCCUUGCACUAAACACACCAGUAUUCGAUACAGUUUCCUUCAUAGAGGAAUAUGCAGAGAGCGCUGCUAAAGUGCUCUCUGCAUGAUCCUAGUGCUCUCUGCACAGUGUGAGCACGUCUGUUGAUACACUCAUGCUGUGUUGCCUGGGGACCUCAAAUGCAGGACACCAGGGAAUAAAAAAAGCGGGACAGGAUCCCGAAAGUGGACAGUUGGGACACAUGCUCGUUCAUUAUUGCUCACCACAAAUUAAUGGUUGCAAUAAUCCAAGCAUGGCCCACACACACCAGUGCCAUGCUGAUAAACCUCAAACUCCUAACGCAGUAAAAAUAGGCAUUGGUUCAUAAUCUGGGUAAAGCAAACACCCCCUCCACCACCAAACAAAUAAUCAAAAAUAAACUGAUAAUAAAUUAGCAGACUAAACUAAUGUUUAUGCACUUUUUCAUGGCAUUUUGUGAUUGUUGUGAAAAAACAAUCUUACGAUAUGUGAAUGCGGCACAUUAUUUGUUUAUAUAUAAUGUAUGUAUAUGUAAAAUAUAUUGGAUUUGUUGGGGCAGGGGCACCAUGCAGUUUUCAUUAAAUUAAAACCGUCUCAUCUACAGUUACAGCACAGUAUUGAGGUUUUCUGCACCUAUUUCUUCUCUAUCUUGCUAGCCUUUACAUCCGCAAAUAGGUUGUAAAAAACACUUUUAUCACAGACACAUUUGAUUUAUGUCUUGGGCUGCUGCUUGGUAUUGAUUUUUGUUUCCGCAAAAAAAAACAAAAAAAAAAAACCCGAUGUCUCCAUUAUUUUGUGAGUCUUGUGUUCUAGUGUCACGCUGUCAGAUAUACUCAUAGAUUAGAUUACUAUUGCUAGUUUUUUUUCUUUUCUUUUUCUGAGAAGGAUUUAAAAUAAAAAUGGAUUUGAGAAAAUGAUUCUAGAAAAGCAACACUGUAGAAGUAUAUUGGAAUGUAAAACCUACAAAUGAAUACUUUAAAGAGAGUCCCAACAAAUGUCUGCACUGUGUGUUUGUGUGUGUGUGUGUGUGUGUAUGUGUGUGUGUAUGUGUGUGUAUAUAUAUAUAUAUAUAUAUAUAUAUAUAUAUAAUCUUCACUCAGAAUGUUUAUGCAUAUUCUUUAAAAUUAGUGCUACCAUUUUUCUUAGUUCUGUUCAGUGGAUAUAAUAAACAAAUCAAACAUACUGAGCAGAAUAGUUAUAUGACAUGAGGAAGGCCAUGAUUAAUGUCUAGAUGAAGUGCAGUAUAAUUACAUAUGUAAAGAGUGAUUUAUCCAUAAGAGAAGGAGCAAUGGCAGGUCUAUCUGUUUUAAAAAAAAUAUUUUAUGUAUUUUAUUUUAAAGAGACACUAUAGUUGCCUAGAACACUUCAGCUCAUUGAAAUGGUCUGGGUACAAUGGCCCUGUCCCGUUUAAUCCUACAAUGUGAAACAUUGCAGUUUUAGGGAAACUGCAAUGUUUACAUUGCCUCACUAUAACAGACUCUAGUAGCGGGUGUGUUACAAGGAUUUUUAACCCCUGCAGCGCAGAAGGGGUGGUGGUGAGAGUGGGAGGGACAUAUUUGUAUUCCUAGUAUCCCUUUAAGUGGCUACUGUAGCAUAAGUAGUUUGGGUGAAACAAACUAGGAAUAAGAUCUGCAUGAGGUGAGACAUAUGUACACUGUAGUAUGGAGAGGAGUUAUACAAUAAGUUUGUAUGGAUGUUUAGUGACUUAACAAUAGGGUAAUUCUGGUAAUUCUGGUAGUAUGGUCAGCAGGACAGCUCUAAAGAAGACAGCUCUUCUUCUAGGUGAACUUUAGAGGCCCAUGUACGAAUAGUGAGCUAUGGUAGUUGAAGAGGAGCCUGCAUGUAUAUAUAUAUGUGUAUGCAUUGUAAAAGUGAAUAUGAUACUUGAUGUGUAUAUAUAAAUAAAAGUAAAUGAUGUAUGGUUACUGUGAAAGGCACAAAGUUGCAUACAAUAGAUGGAUGGGUGUUACAAAACCUUUAUACUCAUACAAUGGGAAAAUGAGGAGUUCAGACAAUUACUGGAUGCUGCACAAAGGUCUUACUUCAGAAAUAAGCUAUUAUGUGAUGCUAAAUGCAAGCUUGAGAAGUAGUUCUUUCCAUGAGUGUUUUUUAAAUAUGCAAUGUACCGAAUGAAGUUCUAAUGUUCCAUGUAUACAAUAUACACACUGCAGAUCUAUAUCAGUGUAUAUAAACUUUAUAUACAAAUAUAAGAAUCUGAUUGUUCUAAUUGUAUCCCUAUUUGUAUAUAAGGCAUAUCAUAUUUAAAAUAAAAAAGGGUUAAUAUGGUUUCCUGCCAUAGUCCACCUUACAAAUCUGCCAUUUAAUGCUAAACCUCUUAUGGAAACAACUGUACUCCUCAAGCAGGCGUGUUACAUAUUGUAAAAUCAAACAAGCAUGUAAAAACAAAAAAUGUAACAGGGAAAGACUAUAUUACUGUUAAUGGCAGCAAUUAACUGAUACACCAUUAUUGUGAUUUCCUGGUAUUAUUUGGACAUAUUGUAUUCAUGGUUUUGCAUGCACGAGCUGAUGUCUCCUAAUUGCCCGAAGUCAUUUGCCAAAGCAAAGUUGCCAAAAACAAGCCUAGAGACAAAAUGGUCAUAAUUGUAGAAGUAACAUGUGACGGGUAUUGACAAUUGCCUUGGAUCUCUUUUCUAGCUACAUCAAAUGGCUCCAUAGAGGGUGUGGAUAACCAGGAGGGAGGAGUCUGCGUAACUAAAGCCAUGAAGAUCCUUAUGAAAGUCGGGCAAGGUGAGACAAUUUUUAAUGCUCUCGUCUAUGUGAUAAUGUGUGUGCACUGUACUUCAGAACCCUUUCUUUGAAAUGUUUACACGAGUAGUGAAAUAAUGCAGACUGGCCUGCUUGAGCUCGGGAGUAUUUAAAGCUACUGUCCAAAUACUUAUGGGCGACACUAUUGAUAAACUAUGUGUCAAAAAUGAAAUAUAUUUCUAAUUAGAACUUGGUUUUGUAGUCAAUCAACUAGCUCCGUUAAAUUGAAAUGUCAUCUGCAAAGCUUUGCUUGCCAACUGUGAGAAUCCCCAUAGUUUCUGCAGAUGGUCUUGCAAUCUCGACGUCUAAAAUAACUUGCAUUACAUGUUUUCUUAAAGUAAACCUUUAAUUUAUGCUUAUUAAAGUGCACAGAUAAAGUCCCUGUUUGGACUUGAUAUAGCUGUCUGGCACACUUUCAUUUGUGCAUGAUAUAUAUAUAUAUAUAUAUAUAUAUAUAUAUAUAUAUAUUUAAUUGUUUCUGACUAGUGGUAGGAAUCACCUUUGACUCAAUACUUUAGUUUUGAAUGCAACAGAAUGUUGACAAAUUGCAAAUAUCUCUUUUGAGGUAGAAUGAAGCAAGCUUAAAUAACUGUUCUAUUAUUAUUAUUAUUAGUAUUAUUGCCAUUUAUGAGCUACAAUCCACCUUGUCUUUUAUACAUAAGAACCUGAUGAACUGAUACAUCAAGGGUUGUUAAUAAAGAGCAAUUGUAGGACAAAGUGAUUGCCAUGAAUGUCAAUGGGAUGUUCCUACUGGCAACUCCACUAUUUGAAACCUCUGCCUUCAAUUGUUCUUUAUAAAUAACCCUCAUAUUUUUUUAAAAAUACACAGUGUAUAACCAUAUAUUUAUUAAUUUGUUCUGUUUUGUAGAUCCUGACUCUGGUUCCGGUAAAGAUGCAUUGCCAACCAGACGUCCAGAUCAAGAAUCAGGCACAAAUGGAAAAAGCUCUACAACUAGUCCAUUUGUCAAAGAUCCUGCAGGUACACACAUUUAUUUUUUAAACAGACAUAUCACCAUUCUAGAUGUUAAUAAAACUCACAUAAUUAAUCCUCUAUUGCUUUCUUUGCACCCACAGCAUACUGUGUAAAUAAUAUGUAACAUUGUUCAACUACGUGAAUAAUAUACACAUAACUUUAAAGGGACACUGUAGUCACUAUAACCAUUUUAUCUAAUUUAAUUGGGUGCAGUUGGUGGAGUGCCCUGGCGCUGUCACUCCAUUUGAUGUUAAACUAUUUUAGAGCAGUUAAACACACUUCCUUAUAGUCAUACCCGUUCAUACCGUCAGUUGGAGCUCUGGUAGGCUAAAAACAGUCAGCUGAAACUCUCAACCAAUCACAGCUGCCCAUUGCUGCUCAGGUUUAUACUUCCUCAUUAGGAAGCACAGAGGGGAUGGACUUCUGGAGACUCUUGUUUAGCUUUAAAACAUAAAAACAUUAAAAGCUGUUUAAUGCUGAAUUAAAUUAUGGCACCAGGGGAUAGACACUAUAACCAGUUUAAUGAGACUAAGCAGAGACAGUGCCUACAAUGUCCCUUAAAGCACAUUUACAACGUCCUUCAUUUGGUAGUAGUACAAAGUUUCACAUAGCGAGUUGACUUUUUUUAUUUUUAAUUAACAUUUCAUCUAAAACUUACAUUUUUGGAAAAUAUGUUGUGCGGCAAAUGCCCAUAUCUUAUAAUCAAAUGGGAGGAGUCUUAGGCAAUAUUGACUUCCUAUAAGGUUGCUUACUGUGCGUUAGUGUAUACGUGCUUAUUAAACUAAACAGCCUUUUCACUCGACCAGCAGGUCUGGUGAAAAAGUAUCAGAGAGGAUAGUACCAGUCUAUCCUGUAGAUUAGACAACUACAAAAUGGUGGAACACUAGGUUACAAAAACUGGUAAAUGUUGUGUACAGCAUAAAAUAUUACACAUGCUUAUUAUUCUAAUGAAUUCACAGCAUGCUGAGAGCAUUGCAUAUCAGAAUGUUCACUCUGACACUUUUUUUUUCUUUUACUGUACACCAGAUGUGCUUCCAUUUGUUUAGUUAAUUGUGUAUUAAAUAUGCUGAAUCAGUAAUAUUUCUACUAUGUUGCCCAAAUUAACUUUGGCUUUCAUGAAUGCAAAUAAAUUACUAUUCUGCGCUGAUACGGUCUUGAAAGCUGUAUCUAGUUCAUAAAAUUAUAUUGCACUAAUGAAUAUGCAGAGAUACCAAAUGCUAUGGCAAGAAGACAAUAGUACUGCAUACCCCUAGUGCAAUGAAUGUGUUGAUCAGUAUUUUGAACAUCCGUGACCUUAUCGGAACUACAGAAUUAUUUGUAGAAUUGCUACUUACAGAUCGAUGGUAGCUGAAUUCUACGACCUAAGCUAAGUUUAACAAACACAAUUAAAUAUGGACUUCAUCAGGACAUUUGCUACUCAUUUAAAGUUGUCUCUGGAAAUAGAUUCGAGCCUUAAUAAAUGUUAAGUCUAGGUUGACAGCUUUGUUACAAUUUCUUGAUAGAUGGUGAUAUAUAUAGCAAGAACAACAUGGUAUAGUGCCAGUUUUUCCAGACAGCCUUGUUUAAUAUUGAUUGCUGACUCCCACUGUUUGAAAACAACUACCUGAAAGGGUAAUUGCUUUGUCAAAGAUCAGUUGCCAGAUAGUUAAUUCUUUAUAUCCUGCAGAGAAUAAUUUUGCAGCAAAUGUAAGAUGGCAGCUUGGGCUAUUUUAAAUCUGUAUCCUCUGUUUCAUUUGCCUAGGUUCUAGCACACAAGGAAAAAAUGCUGGACAUUCAAGCAUCUUAGGAUCCGAGGUGGCCUUAUUUUCUGGAAUUGCUUCAGGAUGCAUCAUCUUCAUUGUCAUCAUCAUCACGCUGGUGGUGCUUUUGUUGAAAUAUAGAAGACGACACAGGAAGCAUUCACCUCAGCACACAACCACUUUGUCACUUAGUACAUUAGCCACACCAAAGCGUAGUGGCAACAAUAAUGGUUCAGAACCAAGUGACAUUAUCAUCCCUCUAAGGACUGCAGACAGUGUAUUCUGCCCUCAUUAUGAAAAAGUCAGUGGAGAUUAUGGACAUCCUGUUUACAUUGUUCAGGAGAUGCCACCUCAGAGUCCAGCAAAUAUUUACUACAAAGUUUGAAGAACAUAUGUGGUACCUUAUGACAUGUAGAGGACACUAAAGGUCCAUUGCUUUCUGAUGGUUUUUUUUGGUGAUUCUUUAUGCAUUAAAGUGGACUUGCAUAAGGAAGAGGCACAAGAGAAAACCCUUCUUCAGAGAGAGUCUCCAUGAGUUGGAUAGCUUAUGGAAUCUGUUUCCUGUAGGUAGGAAAAAAAAUAUUCACUGCAAGCUGGAAGACUUUAUAAAAGAUGCCCAUUCUGAUAGAUAUACCCUGGUCAUGUUCACCUUCCUUUAAGCCAUGAUCUCAAGACGUUCAAACAUAUACAUAAAGCCAGGUUACCAUGGAGCAAUUCAAGGACCUUAGUCAUUUUUAGGUAAAUUAAAGAUGCUUUAGGAUAUUUAUCUGGAAAGGCAAUCGACUCACAUGAAAUCUCAGCUUUCUCAGUGCAUACUGGAAUUGUCACAGAGGCCUGUUCUUCUAAGACUUUAAAGAUGUUUUAUUGCUGUUAGUCAAUCACUGAUUCAUUUUCACCUGUUGUCUUGAUUUCAUUACCAUUCUGUAAAUCAUAUUCCUUUUCACUCCACCUCCUUUAUCAUUAAUGGAAAAUUAAUCUUUGCAGUCUCUGCUCCAUCCAUUCCUUCUGCAGUCACACUUGAAUGGGUAAUAUAUUAUGGAAAUUGUGUUUGCUAAUACAGAGCCUUCCAGCAAGAACUUAGCCUGCCAGCACGGCAAGGAGUCCACAGUAUAAACUGCAGAAUGCAGUCCAAUGAUGCUGUCUCUAGACUUAAGCUUAAGACAGAAUCUUAUAGGCAGAAGAGCACUUUGGUAUCUCUGUUGCGAGUGACGAGAGAUACAACCAGUGGAACUAUGCUAAACAAAAGAAUUUACAUCCAACAGCAGAACGCAGCGAUCCGUAGUACCUUCACUACAGUAGAACAAAGAAGUAUUGUUAGACAAAUGAAUAAGCAGAUAGAGAAGGACAAAAGUAAGUUGUCAAUGUUGUGUUGAGGAGAUACUGGCAAUAAACAUAAGGAAGUUCUAUGAAACUCCUAGUCUGUUGUGUAUUAAUUUAUUGACAGGCUCAGGUGCUAUCUUGACCAUAUUAAUCCUCAGAUAGGGAAAGCUUUCAUGAUAAUAGCAGAAAGCCAAAUCCGACCUAUGGGUUUAAGAACCGAUGGUCAAAGAGCAGAUGUUUAUUCCAUGUUUUUUGUUUUUUUAAUAAUCAUUUUAGUUACUAGAUAAAAAGAGAUUUUUUUUUUUUUUUUACUAUUUGUUUGGAGAACCAUCUUAUCGGACAUAAGGAGUAUGUUUGGACACCAUUGCUUUGUGGUAAAGAUAUCCCAGUGGACUGCAACAUAGUUUUUUUGGUUUUUUUUUUGCAGUGGCUAACAUGGCAAUUCACUGGUGCUCUGUUUUAAAGAAAAGCACAUAUAAGUCAUAGGAAUAAAAUUAAUUAUUAAUAUGGAGAGCAGGAAACAAGUAAAAAAAAUUGCAAAAAAAAAAAAAAAAGAUUUAUUUAAUAGGCGUAUAGCACACGGGGAUAUAUAGUAAAAAGAUUUUACUAAUAUAUAAUUUAAAAUUGCACAGCCUGCCCCUCCAGAAGAUGUGAAAUCCAUUAUACAGCAGUUAAACAGUCUUUUGCAGAGCCAAAUGAAUUUGACCCUGCUUCUGGGGGAGAAAUAAAAACAUUUCCAAAAAUAACAAUAGUGAGAAAAUUUAGGAACAACAAAGACCUUGAAAGGCGUCUUGCACAAGAGCAGACUAGGAAGUUCAAACCCAAAAAAGCAGGAAAUCAGUGUUACUGCAUCAUGGAUCUAACAAUGACAAGAAGAUGCUCUGCAAAUUGUUUUCUGCAUUAUAAUUUCCUUUUGCCUUAAUGCAACAAUGCUAUGAGAAUUCAGGAGGUUACAGAGUGCAAUAUAUUUUCUUUCUCUCUUUCUUCCUCUCCCUCUUUUCUCUUUCUCUCCCUCUUUUCUCCUACAUUUAUGUGCUAUGCAAAACAGAUAUCAUCAACACAGUCCUGUUUCUAUGGUAACACUUUGCUCUCUGAAUCGGAAAGAAAAAAAAUUAGCAGCAUUUUGAGGUUCUUGCAUCUCUAAGGAGCACCUGCAAAUAUAAAUUGUCACAGCAAAGGUUGCUCUCUAUUUUCCUGAACCUUAAAAUGUUGACAUGAAUGCAUAGUUGUAAGGCCAGUUACAGGGUGUAAGGCAAGUCUUUCAUAGCUUGUACAACACCCACAUUAUGUACUUUGGCAUUUCUUUAUGUUCCGUGAAGAUAUUUUUUUUUGGGGGUGGGGGGGAGGGAGGAAAUAUAGAUUUUUUUUUUUUGUUUCUCCCAACAAAAGCAAGAAAGAUAAUUGGAAAUGAUUAACCCAUUCUGUACCACAGACCUAAAAUGGCUUCUGUAUUGCGGAAAGGUGCACACAUUUUUGUGUUUUUUAUUUUUUUUAGCAUUGGUUGGCAAUGUCAUUUUGUAUUAAGCUGUGAAAUCAGUUCCAUUGAUAAAACAAAGCAACCUGCAAGCAGUGUCAAACCUUUUACUUUUUGUCUGUUUUAUGUGUGACGCUGAAUGACAAUCUUCAAACUGUUCCCUUUUAUUUAGAAGCUGGUUCAGGUUUGGAACGUUUUUUGUAAAUGCCUUGCUUGUGAGAUCAUCUGAUCCUUAGUCAUCUGACUUAAGAAUUUGCACCAUUACGUCAAAGUGAAGAUGCUGUAAAUAUAUUGAGAACUGUGUCUGGAUUUGGGGUGUGUCCGUAGCCUUAUUCAGCUUUUUAAAUAUUAAUAUUGAGAAAAAUUACACAUGGGAAAAAAGACCGAAAAUGGAUUUUCUUAACCAGAUUGUGUAUAUAGAGCAAUGUUGGAUUUUUUUACAAAGUCUAAGCAAAAUGUUUUGUAUAAAAUUGAAUUUUUGCAAUGUAUUUAGCUACCGCUUGUUUAAAGGCAGUGUCACUUCCCUUUGCACUGUAAUGAGGAAGAAAAAGUUAAAAGGUUGCCAAAUUGCUGCAUAUAUGUGCCGUAAUUGUGUACCAUGAAUAUUUAUUUAAAAUAAUUUUUGUCCGAUUUUGUAAGUAACACAGUAUUAUGCCUGAGUUUAUAAAUAUUUGUUUCCUUUUUUUAAAAAAAAAAUAGCCUUUCCUAGGUUUACAAUUUUUGCUUUCGUUUCACAUUGUAUUUAGUCCUCCUUCCUGUUCCCGCCGAGACAACAAUGCUCUGAAAUUUCACAUUCCACGUCUGUUUGAAACUGAAUUUGUUCUUAAAAAAUAAAAUAUUUUUUCCUAUGGAA